GCCGGUUUAAAAACGAAAUAGCCAUCAGCGCACAAAUGGAAGAAGAAGAAGAAGGGUCUUAAGGCGAUUUGCGAUUCCCUUGUUCCGGCCUUAGACGAAUCGAUCAACAACAGAGCCUUAGCUAAGGGAACACAAAUCUUGAUGCACUUAAUGAUGGACCGUCGCUUGAAAUCUAGAUCACGUGAAUUCAAUGGCAUCCGAGAAGUGGAACACUCGUUUUGUGAUAUUCAAAAAACAAAAUUGGUAUAUAUUAUGCAAAAAGAAUAUGCAACUGUGAACCCCUCAUUAGUUGAUGCGGUUGGCACUGAUGGGCUUUCAACAUGCGUAGGACUUAUCAUUCGAAAUCCUAAAAAUAGAAAGAUAUCUGUUGCGCAUAUAGAUAUUCCCAAUAUUGUUGAAGCUGGCCUAGGGCAAAUGUUGUCUUCCAUUUCUAAUCAGGACUCCAAUGCUAGUUAUGAU